GAAUUACGAAUCACCUCCCUUGAUGUGUUUGUUGGCGAAAUUGUUAUUGUUUAUGUUAUUUUGGAUUAAGGAUGAUUUUGACAUAGUGACCUAUUUUUGAGAUACAAAUGGUAGAGGAUACAAUUGACAUAAAUUGAGAGAGAGAAAAAAAACAAUAAAAAAAGUACUAUCAAACUUGAAGCUACUCUCCUGUAGUGAAGAUCGAAUGAAGGGUUCAAGACAGAACGGGCUGUCUGCGGAUGUUCGGGACAGCAUGACACUGCUGGAUUCCACAGACAGCGAAGUGGAGUGGCUUAACCUACCACCGAUCAAGGGCAAGAAACCAAAAAAGAGGCGUAGGUCUAAACCAAUAGCCCAGGAUGACUCAUGUUGUAACUCAAUGGUGGUGCUGAAGGGCCUCCUCACAGUCGGUGUGGUGGGGGGCAUCCUCGUUCUCAGUUUCACCUCAGUCUGGCUCACUACCCAGAUCAAUGACCUCCAAGAAAAACUAAGAGCAAUGGAGAGCCGAAGUGCCAGUAAUGGUGACAACACACAGAAGCUACUCCUCCAGGUGUCAAGCAUGAACAAGACCAUACAGGAACAGACUAAGAUGUUACAGACCCUUACUUUGAACAUCUCAAACAUCAACAACACAGUUCAGGCAGUAUCUGGGGAGGUGAGCCUUGUCACAGAAGGACUGAAACUCGCCCCUGAGCUGAAGUUGCUGCCAGACAAGCUUGUAACACUCUCCAGUACUGUGGCCAAGAUGGGUAGUGAUGUUGAGGGGAUGAAGGACAAAGUGGACGCCUCUGACCUGUUCAUGAAGACAACAAACACACGCCUGGGAGACAUCGAUACUGAGAUACACAACCUCAAUCAGUCUCAAGCCAAGCCGAGUGACCAGCCAGAUAACUCUGUAUCUCCAGAAGUAGCUAAAAUGAUCCAGGACCUGACUAAAGAGAUGACUAAGAUGAACUCCAGCCUCUCUACUCAAGUGUCUCUACUCAUGAGCACCAGCACCAAAUAUCAGGAACAGUUACUCCAGUUUGAAAAUACAACAAAGCAGCUUGCCAAGAACCUAACCAGUGUCCAACCUGGUGUUGGUCAGGGUCACUCAGAUGUCUCCGGCAACUUUGAUAGUGUUGAAUUCAGGGAAGCUGUGACUGAUAUAGUCAAUGAUUUGCUUACUGACAAAGGACUGGUCGGCAGUGAAGAGGUACAUUCCCUGGUUAAGAACAUCACAAAUAUCCUAGCUAAUCUACAGAAGGGGACUGCUAUCCCACUUGGCCAGACCAUUGAGCCGGAGGAGACUGAGGGGGACAAUGAUGUCAGUCCGGCUGAUCAUGUUACCAUGGCAAUGUUUAACACCCUGGGUGAUGGAUUCAAGGAUAAGAUUGAUAUCCUGAAUGACUCACUGGUAUCACUGAGGUCAGAUGUAAAGAAAAUGUCACAGACCUUGUUCAAGCAUGACUCCACGAUGUUCAAUCUCAGCCACCAGGUUCAAGCCCUGCAGAAAUACAUCACCAUACUACAACACGACAUGGAGUCUACUGGGGCAUUAACUACGAGUGUUCCAACAACUAAAUCCCCUGAAGACAUGGAGCAAGAGUCAGAUGGAGGAGAACAAUUGCCUGGUGAAAACAUGGAUACAGGAGCUCCAGAAAACCCCAACAGCGAAACAGAGCAUGUUACAGAAAACAAAGAAGUUUCUCAACCCACUGUCGUGCCAGUUCCAAAAUUAACUGUUCCAUUCAUACAGUCCCCAGAAGGAAAUGAAGAAGCUGCCCCACCCACUGUCGUGCCAGUUCCAAUAUUAGAUGUUCCAUUCAUAAAAACCCUUAAGGAGUUUGAGCUGAACUUCAGUCGCUGGGACAGAAGUGGGUCAGGGCAGAUUAGAUUCGGGGAUCUGGAAGGUUUUGUGGGCACCAGUAACCUCCCUUUGGAGGCUGAUAUGAAACGAUUAUAUGACUUGGACAACAAUGGCUUGUAUUCAAAAGCAGAGUUAGCAAGAGCCUUUGGUAUUACUUUAACAACCACCACAAGCCCUGCAUCAGCAGCAAAGAUGACGGAGCCUCCAAGAUAAAACCCUUCCCAACAUGCCGCUGACCGCAAGCAAUCAAGGGACCACCUCCCCAACUCUCCUUCUCUGCCCCUCCAUCGUACAGGGUGUCGAAACACGUCUGUGUUGUAUUUGUUAGCCACUAGUGACCUACAUGUAUUUAUGUCGUCUAGCAAAUAUAUCUUUGCAGACUUGACAUUGGGAAGUGCUGUUUAUGUAUCUCUUUUCCUUGACAUUGUUGUUAAAAGAAUCAUCGCAGUCAAUUUCUAAUUAUGUCUUGUAAUAUUCAAAUAAUGUUCUUACAUAUCAGUGUUUCCGAAUGUUUGAGAAAUGUACCGUAGGUCUGAUGAUUCAGAAUAAACUACAUCCUCCAGGUCAGUUCAGUUGUUAUACAUGUAGAUAAAAGCAUACAGUUUUAAAACUGAAAUCAGUGUUUUGGGGGAAAAAAAUCACUAUAAGAUGUAAUGGAUUGCAAAAACUGCAUUUCAGUAAAGAAGCACCCUUAUUUCAGAUUUUUUUAAAUUUCUGUUUUUCACCAUUGCACAUGUAAAGAACAAUGUUGGAUAGUUAAAAUAUUAUAUGUUUUCAUCUCCAUGUAUGAUAAUUCAGGUUAAUUCACAAAUAUAUACAAUUAAAAGGUCACAAAUAAUUUUGUUAUAAAAUGUUUCUGUUGUUUUAUUGUUUAGAUGUGUUAUCAUCGUUAGUCAUUGUAUGUGUCAUGUGUACUGAAGUUGUUGAUUUAUAGUGAUUUACUGGAAAUUGCAUUUUUUUAUGAUUUAAUUGCAUUUAGACCAAUUCAUACUUUGUGAAAUAUGCUUAGUCAGGGUUUUAAAUAAUGGGCCAAUUGUUUAGAACUUUGUUAUAGUUAACAACUUUGUUAACAUCAUCAUUGUUAACUUUCCAAACUUUUCUACUCUGGGAUUUUAAUGGAUACAAAUGUGAUCUGCUUUAUUUCUAACAAGAUUUGAGACAAGUUUUUCAGCUGCAGUUGCUUAAAUGUAAAUAUGUGAACAUAUCAUCGAAUAUUUCACGUUAAAAAGUUAACAAAAAUGGCGCUAAUCUUGUUAACUUUAACAAAGUUAACAAUUGACUCAAAGAUUGGCAUGCCCUCUAAGAAAAAAAAGCACUUUUUAACAACACGGGUAUGACCAAAUAAUGUAAUAUCAAGGAAUUCGGUAAAAUGAUGCUGUAAAAUAUCUUACUGGUUUGAAAACAUUUUUUUCAAAUUCAAACUAGCAGUCACUUAGUGGCUAGUAAAUCAAUUUGUUUCGAAAUAAAAAAUAUUACUACUUGUAUAUUCCAUUAUGAAAAGUGAGCAUAUGAUACGAUCUUUGAUAAUAGAGCCAUAAACUGUACAUAUGUAUAUUGAAAUCCAUAUAAAUUUCUUAUUUAAUAUAAAAUCAAAAUUUGACCUUUGAUCAUGAUUCAUUGAAAUGUGUUUCUUUUCUAGCCAUAAUCAUUUUAAAAAAAGGAGCAAAGAAAUCAUUAUUUAUUGUAAAUAAAUUAUGAGAUUUAGAUGUUUCAUACGUGUAUUGUAAGUUGGGGGAUAGAUUUAAAUGCUUUAUUCAAGUUUAUAUCUAGUUUGCAUAUUGCUGGACCUCUGGUUUAAAUAAAAAAAAAUAAAAAUGGUCUUAUUCUUUUUUUCAAUAUUUUUUUUGCAUCAGUAUAUACGAAACAGGGGGAAAAAAAGAAUAAAAAUCCUUAUCUUGAGCACCAGCAUUUUAUUGCACCCCCACACCCACCUCUCCCCUCCCCCUCUCCACACCACCACCAUUAUAUUAAUGUUGUUUUCUUGUUAUGGCUUUAUUUCUGUGAUAUGUUUGUGUAUAAUGAAUUCUGAUGCCUGUGUAACUUUAAAAUAUUGCUUUGCCUGUGUUGAUGUCAUCAUAAAGUCAGAAGACUGUCAAAGUAGUAGAAAAAUAAGCCAAGCUUUGUUUAUAGUUAAUAUAUUUUGCUAUUAUUUUGCCAUGUUAUUUAUGGCCACUGAUUUUAUGAUUGUAAAUGUUAUUUAUUUGUGAUUCAAUCAUUUUAAUUAUGUUAAAUUUCAAAAUGGCUUGUAAAUAAAUGGUGUUAUUAUUCACAUAA